AUGUGUUUGCCAUUUUCAAAAAGCGAACAUAGCAAAAGGGGAUCUGUGGCACCUUCAUCAUCAUCCUAUCUGGAUAAUAAACGGCGCAACAGCACAGGCGCUGGCAUAACAACUCAUCAUCAUCAUAAUCAUCACCGCCGUCAUUUUCCUCUUUCUUCUCUUCACUCUCAACAACAACAACAACAACAACAACGUCGUGCAACUUCUUGCUCCCGUAGAGUCCUCCAACAACCUCUUCCAACACGUCCCAACAUGGCGACAGCUGCAUUCUUGGAUCCAACACCUCCUCCCUCUGAUCAACAUCAUUUUCCAUCAUCAUCAUCUUCAUCCCAACAAAGAAAACAACAUCAUCAUCAACAUCAUCAACAUCACGUGCUGCCUCCAACACCACCAAAGGAAAAGUCAACAGCUCCCUCUUCUUCCUCCUCAUCACCACCACGGGAUCACUGUGCAUCGGCCAAUCCAAAGUCCAUUGGCAACUAUGUCUUACAACAGAAUCUUGGCAAAGGGUCGAUGGGCAAGGUUAAAUUGGGUGUUCAUAAUGUAACUGGAGAAAAGGUGGCUGUCAAGAUUGUACCUCGAGCCAAUUUCCAGCUUGUGGCUGUGCGUGGUAAUAAUAUCGAAGGAGGCAAAACGAUGAGACAGCAAACGGCCAAAGAGCAAGCGCGUGAGCAUAAUCGAGAGCUGCGUACGAUACGAGAAGCGCAUAUUAUGAUGUUGUUUCGGCAUCCACACAUUGUGGGUUUACGAGAUAUGGUUGUGUCGGGGCCCUAUUUUUACAUAUUCAUGGAGCACGUGGGCGGUGGUCAACUGCUGCACUACAUUAUCAAACGACAACGAUUGUCCGAACGCCGGGCGAGGCACUUUGCACGACAAAUUGUGAGUGCGCUUGAUUACAUGCACCGCAACUCGAUUGUACACAGGGAUCUCAAGAUUGAAAACAUCCUUCUUGAUAAGGCUGGUCGUAAUAUCAAGCUCAUUGAUUUUGGAUUAUCCAAUUUAUUUGGUCCCGAGAAGCUGCUUACCACGUAUUGCGGUUCACUAUACUUUGCUGCUCCCGAGUUAUUGCGUGCUAAUCCAUACAAGGGUCCAGAGAUCGAUGUAUGGAGUUUGGGUGUGGUUAUCUACGUCAUGGUCACUGGUACGGUGCCCUUUGAUGACAAGUCAAUGCCUGGUUUGCACGAUAAAAUCAAACGUGGCCACGUGAAUUACCCAGCACACAUGUCACCCGAAUGCCUCGAUUUGCUGCGCCGCAUCUUUGUCACUGAUCCCGCCAAACGUGUCAUUCUCACCGAUGUGAUCCGACACCCAUGGUUGAAUCCUGAUCCAAACGUUCCACCUGUAAAGAACUUUGUCCCAGCACGUAAACCCAUUCAACUCCCUCUCGAUGAAACCAUCCUCGAACAAAUGACAAAGGGUUUUGCUCUUGGCACGGCUGAUGAGAUCCGUCAAAAACUUGAAGUCAUUGUUCAAUCCCACGUGUAUCAAGAUGCCGUUCAAUACAUUCAACAACAACAUCAGCAAUUUGCAUCAUCAUCAACAUCAUCCACGUCACUCUCACCCGAAGAACAACGAUGCAUUAUGCCCUAUGAUGAUCCACAAUCGGUACCCGAUGCCUAUCAUCCUUUGCUAUCCAUUUAUCAUCUUACGCGUGAGCGCAACAUGGAAUUGGAAGGCGCAUCCAACACCAUGGCAUCAGCAAGUAAUGCCAACAAACCCGUACUUUCACGCAAGGCUUCUGUUGAAUCGGCUAUUUCUGCAUCAGGUGUCAUGAUGGGUGGUACAGCAUCCGCUCGUAGCAGUCAAGCAUCCCUUGGCAACAACAACAGCAACCCACCCCAGCAUGAUCAACAACAUAACAACAAGGUCGAAGUGCCACAAGGUGAUGCACCCGUGUUACCAUCAUCAUUGCCAAAUCGUCCCGAUUAUCAAUUGCUGGCUGAUGCCAGUAUUCCUGGAUUUGCAUCACAACCUUCUGCUUCCUCGGGUGAUUAUCUUUCACGUAUUCAACGUUGGCUUCGAUCAUCCACAUCUCAACAUCAUCUUGUUGUGGAAUCACCUACACCCACACCCUCUUCUCCUCUUGCACAACAACAACAGCAACAUCAUCAUCAACAACAGCCAUUUUCAAGACCCCCUUCGCCACAACCAUCAUCAUCCACAGCACCACAACAACCACAACAACAAGAUCCAUUGCCAACACCACCUGAAUCAACGCACAAUACAACACCAUCCACCACCACUGAAAAGAAGCCACAUACAAUUUUGCGCAAGAUUUCAAGUGCGUUUUUGCGAGGAAAACAGCCAGCUCCUGAUCCAUCCCUUUAUGAUCGACCUUUGCCACCUCUUCCACCUCCCUCUAAUAAUACACCAGCAGCGCCGGUUCCCGUUGCAGCAACACCUACAUUAAAGUACAGCAAGCAGCAGGCUGCCAUGAUCACUGAACCACCUCAACCACAACCUUCCAUGAGUACAAGCACGACGGCUACCACUGCCUCCUCUUCCAAAGCCAAAAAGGCAGGAGGACAUCAACGAUCAGCAUCCACCACCUCAGCACAGUAUAAACGUAGUCUUUCUGUCAAGAUUAGUGCAUGGCUUAAUCGCUCCUCCUCCGUUCACAAGUAG